AUGGGGACCUCAGCAGAUGAUCUCUAUGGCCAUAGCACUUCCUACGUUAAAGCCUUUCCAUAUAGCGACAAACGACAUUUCGAAUCGCCUCGGGUCCAUAUACCGCCUCCGAAUCUCGACUACCAAAAUGGCAAGCCAUCUUUCCAUGUUUUCAGUGCUCCAUUUGAGCAGAGUUCCAGCGAGUAUGGCAACCCUAGCUUUCUCAAAGCACUGAGUGCUGGUCACAGGCUAGACAUGAGCCACACAAUGCUGUCAUGGAAAUAUGAGAUGCGCAGAACCGCUCAGCCUAUACUUCCUUUCCUCUUGCUGGGUCCAAGCAGCGCUGCAAGGGAUAGAGAGUUUGUGAAAAAUACCGGCAUCACUCUUAUGGUUGCUGUCCGAAGUGUCAGAGCGGUUAUCGCCCGACCAACCUUCCUCCAUCCUGCCACUUUUCCCUCGAGUGAAGGGAUAUCAACAUUGACUUUCGAUUUCGAAUUUCCGCAUGACUUUAUUCCCAAACUCAGGCCGGUCAUAAGGUCCAUAAACGACCACUUGGAAACUACGUGCGCCCAAACGCCUGUCGAGAAUGUGCAUGACAUUCGAGGCAAGGCCCUGAUCUUUUGUGAGUCUGGAAACGAUCGAUCUGCGGUCUUGGUGGCGGCCUACCUGAUGGUCAUUUAUGGAGUCAGCGCCUUUUCUGCCAUCCACGUUGUACAAUCACAAAGAUUCUGCAUAACUAUGUCGGAUGAUAUGAAGAAUGUGUUGCUCGAUCUACAAGAAAUUCUCAAAGCUGAACGUCAAGUCUCAUCUUCCAAUUCUGCAGUCAGGCAGUUUGACUCUCCUGUAAACCAAAGCCAAGGCUCCUCAUCACUGAUCCAGCGACCCAUGAAACGAACUAUUGAUGACGUCUACAACUCCGAGGAGGAUUUGGGACAUGAGACGCUACGAGGGGACAACGUCGAUGUCAGAGAAGGCGUCGCCCCUUUUACUGAUAUUCUAGACCUUCAGAGAGAGUUGAGAUGA